AUGGAAACGACGGACGAACUCACUGGUCGUGCUGCUAGCAUUUCUCUCGAGUCAGCAAAACCCGCUCGGUCGAUCCAAGUGCAGCCCGGCCCAUUGUCCUCCCAUCUGGACAAGGUCUAUGCAUCCUUGACUUCCACCUCGACCGCUGAUUUUAUCAAGGAUGUACAAAAAGAAGACAUCGCCGGUAGCGCUGGGGCCACAAAUCCCCUCGCGUCCUUGGCAGCAUUCCAUGCGUACAUGUCCAGCCCGGCGUCUGAUGCUCUGCGUCCGGCCAAAGGUCAGGACUUGUCGGCACCGAUCACAGAUUAUUACAUCUCGUCCAGUCACAACACCUAUUUGACGGGUAAUCAGCUGUACAGCGAUGCUGCAGCGGCUGCAUAUACCAACGUACUUCUGAGUGGCUGUAGAUGUGUUGAAAUCGAUGUUUGGGACGGAGAUGCGGACGAUGACAGCGUUUCUGGUGAUGACACAAGCAGCAGCAGUAGUAGCGAUUCGAGCUCUGAUGAAGAAAAGCCCAGUCGCCGUAAGAAGCAGGACGUACCAAAGACGGAUGGUAGCACACAGUCAACCAAGGCAACAUCGCGGCGCAAGGGCCUCUCGUCCAAAUUCGGAAGCCUGCUGGGACGCAAAUCAUCGCCUGCUAACGGAGCCACUGAUAAACCUGCAUCAACUGCUACCGCUGCUGCUGUAGACACUGCAGCGCAAAUCCUACGCCGUCCGGAGCCCCGGGUGCUCCAUGGUCACACGCUGACCAAAGGAACCAAGUUCCGCGAUGUUUGCUAUGCGAUUCGCGACAGCGCCUUCGUGGCAAGUGAUCUGCCGGUGAUUGUCAGUUUGGAGGUGCACACAUGCAUCGAACAGCAGGCGACCAUGGUGGAGAUCAUGGAGGAGGCGUUCAAGGGAAUGUUGAUCGAAGUCACCCCGGAGCUUGAAGCUACUCAGGCCCCGCCUCCUCUGGAGACCUUGAAACGCAAGAUCCUCAUCAAGGUCAAGUGGGUUCCAGCAACAGGUCACGGCCAAGGCGAAGCGCAGAAGGACGAUCAGACCGACGCGCUCGAUACACCUCCCUCCGCAAAUCAGGACGGUCAACCUGCACCAGCCAAACCGUCCAAGGUCCUACACUCCCUAAGCAGGCUAGCGGUUUUUACCAAAGGGUUCUCCUUCCGCCACUUCACCCAGCCAGAGGCCAAAGUACCCGGACACGUGUUCUCCCUCUCCGAAAACGCCGCACGAGAGGCCUACGCCAAAGACCGCGACGGCCUCCUCGAGCACAACCGCCACUUCUUCAUGCGCGUCUACCCCUACGGACUGCGCGUCAACUCCUCCAACCCUGACCCAACCUUCUUCUGGCGCUGCGGCGCCCAGAUCGUCGCCCUGAACUGGCAAAACCUCGAUAAGGGCAUGAUGCUCAACCGCGGCAUGUUCACCGGCGAGCCCGGCUGGGUCCUCAAGCCCCAGGGCUACCGCAGCUCCGAUCCCCCCUCCGCCCCCGUGAAGCGCCAACAGCUCGACCUUUCCAUCGAAAUUCUCGCGGGUCAGAACCUCCCCUUGCCCCCGGGGGAUACCAAGGAGUCCGGCUUCCGGCCCUACGUCAGCUGCUACCUGCAUGUGGAGUGCCCAGACGAGGAGAACGGCUUCCCGCCGGGAGGCGACAACACCACCGACUCGGACAAGACGAGCUACAAGCGCAGCAUCAAGAGCGCCACAGGCACGAACCCGGAUUUCGGCGCGCAGAUGAUCCAGUUCCCGACUUUGCAGGGUGUCAUUGAGGAGUUGACUUUUGUUAGAUUUAAAGUCAAAGACGACGAGCUCGGCCGAGACUCCCUAGCCGCCUGGGCAUGUCUCAAACUCAGCCGUCUGCAGCAGGGCUAUCGACUGAUCCAUCUCCAUGACUGCUCUGGGGCAGAAGCCGGUGCUGUCUUGUUAGUCCGGAUCACCAAGGUUCUCUCCUAA